UUCAACUAAAAGUUUCUUUUUUAUCAACAACAUCCGAUGCUUUACGAAAUAGCAUUUUGGAUACCUAAAAUUCUUACUAACAUGUUAUCUGUUAAAUGAUUGACAUACUUUUUCUGUCAAUAUCAAAUACUAUACGGAAGUAAAUUUGACCGAGGAAUAAACUAGAUACACGAAGUCGCGUCCAAAUUAAAGCUUUAUCGUCUGCGGAAGUGCAUUUCCAGAGAACGAAACUAUGAUAUAGCGUCGCUUGCCUAUGUAAGGGACCGAAAGGAAGGGACUACUCUAUGUCUGUCACACCUGAUCGCAACCCUACUAUUCUGUCAUGGCUUCAGCGGAGUUCUACAUAAUGUCAGGGGGACAGAAGGAAGAAGGGGAAAAGGCAGAGGACCAGCUUGAAGAUGAAUUUGCUUGUCCAAGAGCAGCGAGAGGAUUACUGCAGUCCGUGCAGCCCAUGGUUGAGCGUGUCUUUGCUGUCAGCUUCGUGAUUGGGGCCACAGAAAAACAAUUUAUAUCCCAGAAUGAACAUAUUUGGGUUAAGAUGAGAGGAGGAAGGACAUAUGUGGAGGCAGCUAAGCUUUUUGUAAAAGGUUUGACAACCCAGGAAGUACAGCAAGAGGUGACAUACCCAAAAGAACUACACUGUGUGUUUUCUGGUGCCAGAGGGCUCUUCAUGGACUGCCUGAUGAAAAAUACUUCAGCGCACAUGGUGGUGGGAUCUUCAGGAUCCUUGCUUAUUUCUGGCUUGACAGUACCAGUGGGCCAGGCCUAUUCAUUCAUUUACAACCUGGUGGAUAAGUACAAAAGCAGCAAGGGACUGUACAAUGAGGUGGGGUCUGGGUCAUCUGAUGAGUCCCAGGAUAUUAAACAGGCCUUCGAGGCCAUGGUUGAACGUUGGGAGAAUCGUUACGCUCCUGAACUUCUGGAUCUGCCUGGUGCUGUGAAAGAGAUCCUGCUAAAUAUGGUGAGAGAGUCUAGGCUGGAUACACUAACAGAGGACAGAGAUAAAUACAGACAGCCAGAAAUGGACAUCAGCAGACACACAGCUGGGGAUGCAGAGUGGCUCAGAAAGGGCUGCCACAAUUUUGAGAAGUUCAUUGAUAUGGAGGGUGACAUGGAGCAAUCCAGAGAUCAAGCCCCACAUGCCUCAUCACUCCACAGAAUUUCACCAUUCCAUCCAACACAUUUUGGCCCAGGGGUCAGUGGAGAGAGUAAAGGAUGGCAGAUUGGUAAGGAGAGAAUGGGUGAUGGGAAAGUUUCAAUAGAAGCAGAGCCCCGCAAUCCAUUAUUCUGUAUUCCCAUCCGGGACAUUGGCCACCAAGAGAGGUUGGCUUGGGAGGAGGGACCACAUGGCCAUAUGCCAGAAGAAGUGGGAGAGAAAGAGGGGCUGGCUUUGUCAGUGGGCAGCAGGGAGGAAAUUGGCCUCCAGCUGAAUUUCUUCACAGCUAUGGGGUACAGCGAAGAUGUGGUGAGGAGAAUCCUGGCAAGAACCGGCCCAAAAGAGGUCUCUCAGAUAUUGGACCUGGUCCAGCAGGAGCAAGACAAGGUGGCAGAAGAAAGGAUGGAGGAGAUCCCACAGAUAGCCACCGUUAAUGCACCACUGAAUGUGCAGUGGGAGCAGAGCAACAGACCAGCAGGGGAGGAUUUUGUGCUGGGUGUUUUGAAAGAAGCAGCGGCCAAAUGUGGAUUCUCAGAAGAGAAGGUGAUGGAGGUAUACAGCAACUUACCAGGGCUUUCCACUGGAGAACUACUGGAGGAGUUGCAUAAAGAUGCCCAGCGGGCCAAGGGAGGGGAAAAGGGGAGAAGGGCAGGAGAUGAGAAAGAGAGGCCCUGCACAGACCCGCAAAGAAAUUUAGAUUUUGCAAGAAUUCCAGAGGCAGAUGGCAAGGCUGUGGUGUUCAAAGAGAGAAGGCAGUGCCAAGGAAGAAAUGAGAUGAAACCAGAUCAGGAGAUGGGGAAGUGCUUUCCUGAACUACACACCAUGUCUGGGGAGCCAGUAGCAGCUAAUGAGGCAGCAAGUUGCUUUCCCAACUCCUGCACCCACAUCCAGGGUCCUCCUGAGUCUACUUACCCUUUGAAGAUAAUACCCUCCUUCAAGAAACACCCCCAUGAUAGAGCAAGAUUUAGGGAACAAAACAGGCCAAAUGAUAUUGGCGCUGAGACCAUGGUCACAGGCGAACAGCGGUUCCAUGAUGGACUGCAAAAGCCCUUUGAACUUAAGCUAACAGAUGACCCUGGAGACCCCAGCCUACGACACGUGAUCAUUGAUGGGAGCAACCUUGCCAUGACCCAUGGUCUGGGCCACUUCUUCUCAUGCCGUGGGAUCGCCCUGGCUGUUCAGUACUUUUGGAACCAGGGUCACCGCAAGGUCACCGUCUUUGUCCCCCAGUUUAGACUGAAGAAGGACCCAAAGGUCACAGAGAAACACUACCUGACAGAGCUCCAGAACCUUGGCUUAUUGUCCUUUACUCCAUCCAGGGACGUUGAGGGAAUGAGAUUCACCUCCUAUGAUGACAGGUUUUUGCUGCAACUAGCCCAGGGCACGGAUGGUGUUAUUGUAACAAAAGAUAACCUGAGGGAUCUCGUGGAUGAGUCACCAGCAUGGAGAGACAUCAUCAAGAACAGGCUUCUUCAGUACACGUUUGUCGGAGACCUCUUCAUGGUGCCGGAUGACCCUCUGGGGCGUGGGGGACCCCACCUGAGGGACUUCCUCCGCUCCCAGCACAGAUCUCCAGUCCCAGGGAGCCAUACCUUCGCUGGUUUGGCUUCCUCUCCACAUGCCUCAUCCUCUCCUCAUGCGCAGACAGAAGUGCUGCAGUACCGUGACCAUACAAUGGGGAGUCGAUCUUUUCGGCCAGUUCCUCUGGAGAGAGGGAGGGGAAGGGGGAGGGGAAGAGGAAGGGGUGGGAUCAGAAGGGUGCCAGAAAGUGAGGGCACUGGAAGGGAGCGGACCACAGCGGAAUCUUCUCGUCUUAGGGAGGAACUGUCACAGGUGUUUCAAGGACAGGAUAGCGUGGUGACAACGGCCCUCUUCUGUAACCCCUGUCUCAAUGACAUUAACUCACUCUCCCAUGUAAUCCUUGAGUUGCUGGCAGAACAAGAUGAAGAUACUAGGCCAUAAAAUUGGGGGUGCGUAUUAUAUAUUCAACAGUUAGGUGCCAUUAGGAAUCAUUUCUUCAGGAAUUUCGUGAGAUGAAAUUGAUUUUUAGAGAUUACAUGAGCAGUGAUGGUCUAUUUUAGAAAUAGGUUGAUUAGCUAGAGUAGACAGACAGACAUACAGACAGACAGAGACAGACAGACAUAUAAAGCAACUGAUUGCCAAUGUGUCAUUGUGAAUAACUUUAUAAUAUAUUUGUUCAAAAAUUUAUUUAAAUUUAAAAAAUAAGUAUAAGUGCUAUUGUUAAAUUCUUCCUCUGGUGUUUUGAAUCACUAUGGUGUUUAUUCUUCCAGUGAGAAUUUUAAGCAAAGAAGUAUCACUGUGCACUUUCAAUUUAUGUCUUAUUGCUCUGCUUUUUUGAAGCUUUUUUUUUGUGAAACAACUGUAUUGGCAAAUAAUAUUAAAAAUGUGUAAAAUUAUAA